GACGCGCCUUGACGUCCACUUUGCAUCAGUCCAUCCAGCAUACGCGUACCCUCGACAUGGCGGAACUCGAAAGAUUUCCUUUCGUCGAACAAAAGAUGUCCAUGACCGUCAGCUUUCGAAUCAACGGGGUGGAAGAUCUUCUAACACAUCCAACGCCGUCCAAACCAACGGCCUACUUUUAUCCGGGCUAUUAUCUAGACGUGUUUUCCUCUUGUGACAAAGCCACUGGGAAGGGGACGAUUUCCGUGUUCUUGAAACCUCAACCUGGCAAUAUAAGACUGCCAGUGAGGCUCGAACUGUCUGCUUGGUCUCUGGCUAGGACGACUCGAUACCAGGAGAGGCAUCUCAAUCAUCAGCGGUAUAUUCAUGAUACUCGCGGGUGGAGAAAUUUUAUUGCACAAGAUGAUUAUGACAAACAUGAGACCAUGCGCCACGAAAACGCGAUAUUGUUGGAGGCCAAAAUCACCUGCAAUCUUACUCCUCGAAAGGCCCACAAGCCGAGCUUCGAUGUCGUCUAUGACCAUGUAACUGAAAAAAAGCCCAAGCGUGAAGUGACGUACAAGGUAUAUUCGGGGAAAACACAAACGGGUCGCCUCUGUCGUCCUCGGACAUUGUAUUCCUCACUAGAUAUACUCGAGGCAAAUGGUAUCGAUGUUUACAAGCUCGAGACAACGGGUUUAGCUCUGGUUGAAGACGGGACGAACAAACAUAGACGACCGGUCCUGUCACCCGAAGGUUUUGCUGAGGACAGUGAUUUCGAAGAGCGCUCCGAGGACAAAGAUGUUCAUGAAGACGUGGGAAACGACAUUGCUCUUGCAGCAACUGGUUCAGCAUCCAAGAGCCAAAUGGAUGAUGACGCGAGUACGAAUGUAGCUCCCGUACCAGAUGAUAGUGAAAUAUUAUCACCUCCGCAAGAAGUGCGUGAAGAGAAUGUGACAAUCACGGGUGCUGCAGCUGAUACUUGGGAGGCUUUCUUAUUCUGGUUAUAUACCGGCCAUAUCGUAUUUGCGCCCAUGAAGAAUGGCGGCGCUCGGGCACGGAGACGUUCAAUUGAUAUGCAUAGGACUAGCCAUCCUCGACGACCUGCACCAUGCUCAUGCAAAUCGAUAUUAUACAUAGCCAGCAAACUCGAUGUAGACCCUCUUAAACAGCUCGCUCUAAGACAUUUAGAGAACGUGUUGACCGAGAAGACCAUCUUGAAAGAACUCUUUACCCCAUUCACCGCCAAACACGAGGAGGUCAAGACCAUGGAAGUCGUAGCUGUCGUAAAACAUUGGAUUACAAUUCGAGACUCUCAAGCUCUUAAGGACAAGAUGGACGAGAUCGCGGAGGGAAAACUACCCCAUGCUGGAAGGAUCAUGGCAGAUUUGCUAAUUAGGGCUGCAUUGACGGAGAAGCCUCAGUCCCCGACCUAACGAUACGCAAUCUUCCGAUGCAUUUUAUCUUGACGUUGUGAUGAGAAAGCUCUUCGAGAGGACAUUCGCGUUUGGGUGGCUGUUCAAGACAGAUCGCCUGACGUGGAUUUUCUAAUGUUUCGUUGCUGAGGGCUGAACUACAUAUGUCCUAGCUUAGAUCGUUCAAUCGUCAUUAGGACAUCUGGAUUUUUCCGGUGUGUUGCGACGGCAGACUUCCACGGCAAAUAAUUUUGCACUGUGAUUUCAUCAUUGUCGUUGCUC